CGAACACACAAGCAAGCAGUCAGUAUUCAACCAGUGCGUGCCGUGCAAUGAUUAUAAUUAUUACGCUGUCUGUCGUGUUGCUGUCGUGCGCACCAAUGCACGGUGACCCUCUCGAGGUCGAACCAUUUCAGGAACCGAAAACCACGCUUCUGCUACAGAUUCUCAAGCGGUUGGACGAGAUUGAUCAACGUAUAAGUGUCGUCGAACGCAAGAUACAGGGCAACCAGCAGAUUGUGGUGUCAACCAUCACGAAACAACUCGGCGGCAUCAGUGAUAAGCUCGAGAGCAUCAACAAAACAUUACGUCAAAAUGUCGGCACCUACUACGAAUCUUGCGUCGAGGCACCGGAAAUGAUGAGCGAUGUGUAUAUGAUCAGACCGCCGGCCUCAAGUGUGGCGCCCUUCAAGGCGUACUGCGAACAGCGCUACCAGCAAGGUGGCUGGAUGGUGCUGAUGCGUCGUUUCGAUGGUUCGCUCAACUUUACGCGCAGCUGGGCCGACUAUCGGGACGGGUUCGGGGAUGUCGCCGGUGAACACUGGAUCGGGCUGGAGCGAAUGCACCGUAUUACCACGUCGGAUUACUAUGAGCUGUUGGUUACCCUGAAGGAUUUUGAUGGUGUGAUUAAGACGGCUCGGUACAACGAGUUCGAGGUGGCAAACGAAGCCAAUGGCUAUCGGUUAAACCUCGGCACAUUCGUCGAUGGAAAGGCAAAGGAUUCACUUCGUGUUAGCGAUGGUUCCAUGUUUUCCACCUACGACCGCGAUAAUGACCUACAUGCCGGAUCGUGUGCGGCAUUCUAUGCAAGCGGUUGGUGGUACCGGAACUGUAUGAAUGCCAAUCUUAAUGGCCUAUACCGUCAGCAUGAUCCAAACAAUGCUACCAUGAACUGGUUCGGAUUUAAUGACGAUCUUCAAGGUCUCAAGGAGGCGACGAUGAUGAUAAGAGUGGUUUCCAACUAAUUCCAGCUACGUCAUUGUCAUUGAGUGAGACGUUAAUGUGAUGAACAGAGAUCGCUUGCAGUACUAACCUUUAGGUGAUAACUUUUUCCUUGAAGCUCCAUUUUUCUGUUUUAAGUAAUCCAAUUAAAUCCGACGCAAUAUACAACCACGAAUCACUGUGUUGGCAGCGACGACGUUGCUAAUAAACCUCGUUGUUAG